CUCUCUCUCUCUGCCCCUCUCCUGUUCACACACUCUCUCUCUCAAAAAUAAAAACAAGACAAAAAACAUGCGUACUUAGUCUGCUAUCCAGGUUAAAACAAAUGCCUAUUUUUAACCUGCUUCUAAGCAAAAACAGAGACCUCAAACCUCUAAUUCAGAUGACAUCUCUCACAAUUUGUAAUAUUUUCUAGUCAUUUAGCGCUGUACUGCUUUCUACCUACAUGUUAGGCAUUAUAAUUUUUGUAUACAGUCAACAGUUUUGUUUUACCCACAACCCACAUGGUUGCCUGGUAUCCUUCCUCAUUGUUUUCUCUUAUAUCUCAGGCCUACCAUCUGCUUUUAUUUUUAUGAAAAUCUCUUUUCUUCCUCAUUCUUGAAAGAUAAUUACACAGAUUAUAGAAUUCUAAGGUGUCCAUUUUGUCUCCAUUCAUUAAAGGUGUUAUUCUUUUGUUUUACUGGUUUCCAUGGCUGCUACUGAAGUUGGCAAGUGAAGAUUUGCCUUUCCUUUUUUAUUUGGCUUCUUUUUCUUUUAAAAUUGUCUUUGCCUUUGUAUACAACAAUCUCAUUAUAUGUCUGAGGAUUUCUUUUUCUUUAUCCAUGUGUUUAAUAGAGCUUCUUGGACCCGAUUAUACAUCUUUCAACAAUAUUGGAAAACUUUCAGCCAUUAUCUCUUGAAAUGUUGGAAAUAUUGUCUUUCUCAUGUUACUUCAUUUUCUUCUAAAACUCUAAUUAAAUAUGUAUUAGAGCCUUAGAUUCUAUCUUCUAUGGCUUUCAAAUUGAUAACUUCCAACUCUGUGUUCCUGGCCUGCAUUUUAUUAAUUAUUAUUAUUAUUAUUUCCUCUAUUUUAAUAAUUAUCUUUUUAGCUGUUUAAUCUAUACAUUCAAAUUUUAAUUUCAAUUUUCUACAUUUCUAGAAACUUUUUAACUUUUCCAGAUCCACUGUGCUCUUUAUAUCCUAACUAGACUUAGACCCAACCCAAAUGAGAGACUGAGUGUGUCUAAAUUGAAAAGGAUAUUUUUUGCUCUCUACCCUUUGCCAAGUCUGAGAUAGCUGUUAUCUUGCUGUUCCCUCUGGACAGUGAGUUAAUUCUUCUCUACCUUCACAUUGAAAGGAUGUCCUUUAAGAUUCCAGCUUUACGUAGGGUGGGGGUGGGAGGUUGUUUCCUGUUAAAAUUUUCACCUUGUGUGGGCCCUUGGCUUUAAUCAUCUUCUGCCAUCUUGCACCAAGGUGGAAGCUCUGCAAAGGGUUUGGAUGGCAGUUUCUUAAAGAAAAUAUACAGAGAAAAUAUACCAGUAGGCACGUGAAAAGAUGCACUUUCUGCUCAGUCUUUGGGGAAAUGCAGAUCCAAAGCACAGUGAGAUAUCUCUUCACACUCCGUAAGAUGGCUUUAAUUAAAAAGACAAUAAUAAGGCCCGGUGAGGAUGUGGAGGAAUUGGAACCCACAGGCACUGCUGUUAGGAUUGAUAAAUGGUCUCUGUGCUGACAGCUCAGAGCCUGGAGCCUGCUUCGGAUUCUGUAUCUCCCUCUCUCUUUACCGCUUCCCCGCUCGAGCUCUGUCUCUUUCUGCCUCUCAAAAAUAAAGAAACUUAAUAAAAAAAAUUUAAAAAAAAAAGGACUGAUAAAUGGUGUGGCUACUUUGGAAAAAAAAAUUGGCAACUCUUCAAAAGGAAAAACAGAGUUAUUAUAUGACCCAACAAUUCCAUUUCUAGGCAUAUACUCAAAAUAAUCUAAUAAAACAAGCUUCCAUAGAAAAAAUUGAACAUGAAUGUUUACAACAACUUUAAUCACAAUAGCCAAAAGGUGGAAACAACCCUCAUGUCCAUCAGCUGAUGAACACUACCUGAUAAAUAAAACCUAAUAUAUUCAUAGAGUAGAUUAUAAGUUUAGUAAUAAAAAGGAAUGAAGUAUUGAUACAUGCUACAGCAUAGAUGACCUUUGAAAACAUUAUGCUGAGUGACAGAAGCCAGACACAGAAGGCCACAUGUUGUAGGAUUCCAUGUAUGUGAAGUGUCUAGUGUAGAUAACUCCAUAGAAGUAGAAAGUAGGUGAAUGCUAACAGGGCCCGGCUUUGGAGGGGCGAGGGAGGGAAUGAUUGAGAGAGUGACUGCUAAUGGGUAUGGAGUUUCUUUUGGGGAUGAUGAAAUGUGCUGAUCUUAGAUACUGGUGAUGGUUGCCUGGCUUGGUGAGUAUACUAAAACCCACUGAACUGUACAUUUUGAACAGGUGAGUUUUAUGGUAUAUAAAUUAGAUCUCAAAAAAGCUGUUAAAAAAAAAAAAGAUGGAAGCUCAAGGUCCCCAUGAGGUUCAACAAACUGUCAGCAUGAAAACUCUCUUUGGCAUUCAACUGUUCCCCGGGAUUCCCAUUUCAUUUCAUUUUUGGCCUCUUACGGUUCUUUCUUUUCAUGCCAGCUCAGCAACAUGUUUAAAAAUAUUUAAUGUUUUAUCUAUACUUGUUUCAUUUGGGAGGAUAACCAGCCUGUCAUAUCACUAGAAAUUGAAGGCAGAAUCCUUUAAUUUAAAAUUCUUUUUAGUAAAGACAUUGAACACCAUUUAUUUUUUUAUAUUUUGGCGGGGGAGGGGCAGAGGGAGACGGAGGGAGAGAAUCUUAAACAGGCUCCACACUGAGCACGGAACCCGUCUUGGGGCUCAAUCUCACAACCCUGAGAUCAUGACCUGAGCCAAAAUCAAAAGUUGGCAGCUUAACUGACUGAGCCACCCAGGCAUCCCAUAAUUUUUUAAUUUUAAAAAAGUUAAAGUUGCUAAGGAAAUUGUAAGAACAGUACAAUGAAUUUCCUCCUCCGUUCACUGUGAUCUCUCAAAUGUAAAUAUACUACUUCAUCCUCCCUCACUGUCUAUUUAAUAUUUUUGUGGAACCAUUUCAGAGUAGGUUGCAGAAUUCAUGACCGCAGAUACCCCAGAUUUUUUGGCUUGUGUCUCCCAAGGACAAGAAUAUUUACCUAUGGAACCAUAGUAUAACUGUCAAGUUCAACAAAUGUACCCUUGAUACUAAGACAGUUCAUACUUCAGUUUUACCAUUUGUCCCAAUAAUGCCCUUUAUAUUUAUUCACUUUUUCCCUAUCCAAGAUAUAUUCCAGGAUCAUGCAUUGCAUUUAGUGUCAUGUCUCUUUAGUGUCUUUUAACCUAGAACAGUUCCUCAGUCUUCCUAUCUUUCAUGACUUUGACGCUUUUGAAGAAUCCAGGGGAGUUGUUUUGUGGAAUGCUCCUUGAAGUGGGCCUGUCUGACGUUCCCACAUGAGUAGAUUCAGGGUACAUUGUCAGGAAUACCACUGUAGUGAUAUGUGCCCUUCCUGGUGCAGUGUAUCAUGAGGCACGGGUCACUGCGGAGUCUCCUGAUAUUGUGGAGUCUCAUCAUUAGUAAAUCUAAUCUCUAACCUGAAGCCUUUUCUUAAUGCUAAACAUGGCGUAUUUCUGAGCAGAAAUGGCAGAAUUUAGAGUCAAACAGAUCAAGCUUUCAGUCUUGGCCUAGCAGCUAUUAGUUCUGUGAUCAUAAACAAAAUACAUGACAUUUUGAAGCCAUCUGUAAAACAUGUCAAAUAGUACCUACUUCUUGAGACUAUUGAAAAAUUAAAUUCAAAUUCAUGUAAGUUGUUUAGCAUAGUGACUGGCACAGGAAGAACUCAUAACUGUUGUUUGGGGGGAACUGAUGUUACCCAGGUGUGAUAGGGGACUCCCUUUCCCUCAAGGGCAUUGGUGAAACUACUCAGAAUCUCAGUAAAGGAGCCUGAAGGCCUCCCAUAGGCUUCCCUAAUUCACAAAGAGCCAGUGUGCUCUUCGUCUUCUCUGCCUUCUCACCCACAUCCCCUGACCCUGGCUAUUCCCAUUUUCAGCGUCCAUAGGAAGCCCGCUUGCUUGAGUGUUGGGCUAGUUUCAGGCAUUGACCAGCGAUGGACAAGAGGCUCUUGGCAAAUGCAAGUGGACCUCCCACUCCGUUCCCCUCUCCCUCUUGUUUUGUCACCUUCCCUCCUGGAUUACUCAUCCUCCUUACCUCCAAAUCCUUCUCCCUCUAUUAUGCAGGGAAACUCUCCAGUUUCUACCUCUAAAUUUGUGUGUCUCUCCCAGUGGGAACACCACAGAACAAAGGCUCUUCUCCCAACUGGACACCAGCCCCCUAGGGGGCAGAUGGUGUCAUGAGUAGGAACCUCUUUUCCUGGAACGUGAUCUUAUUUUAGUCUGUUCAUUGUGCUGCUUCUGCAACAGUAACUCCAUGGUAUUUGUCUUAUCUUUAAAUCAGCUUGUGAGGACAGUGCACAGUUUGAACCUGUAUGGUGAGUACCUUCAAGGAGACGCUGCCCUGCUGGAAAUUAGAGCAAUCAAUUGCCUGUGGCUAGCCUUGGACGCCAUGGACGUCUGCAUAGGCAUUUAAGCCUGAAUUCCAGGGGAAGAUGGGCUCAGCUGAAGUUGUAUCACACAGGAGUUUACUUUGUAGAAGUGAGUGUGAGCGAGGGCCCUGCAGAGUGAUGAUGCCACCUAGUUUAUUUCCUUAUAACCUGUCUCAUCGAUGGGUCCCACAAAAUGAGCAUUGGAUGUUGCAUCUUCCGUGUCUUAUGCCACCACCCACUCCUUCUCCAGGGAGUGGUUUGUCUGGGUGAACUUGUUUGGUGAGGCUACCAGACCUUCCGUAUGAAACUGAGGGAUGUCUUUUUCACCUUUGAUAUUUUUUGCAUCAGUGGGUGAUAUUUGCAUGGUACUGUUGUCCAUCCCUAUCUCAUGAGAAAUUCCUUAAUCUUAAAAAGGAGGGGGAAGCAAGAGAAAGAAAGGGGCAGUGUUCAGCAUGGUAAAGGCCACUGGUAUCCCAGGAGGCUGUGCAGUGGGUGACGGGCAGGUUCUGGGACUGCUGGUAUGGACACUUAUCGCCGGAACCGAGUACUUCCGGGUCCCCGCUUUUGGCUGGGUCAUGUUUGUAGCCGUGUUUUACUGGGUCCUCACCGUCUUCUUCCUCAUCAUCUACAUAACAAUGACCUACACCAGGAUCCCGCAGGUGCCCUGGACAACAGUGGGUCUGUGCUUUAAUGGCAGUGCCUUCGUCUUAUACCUCUCGGCCGCUGUGGUGGAUGCCUCUUCUGUCUCCCCGGAGAGGGACAGCCACAACUUCAACAGUUGGGCAGCCUCAUCGUUCUUCGCCUUUCUGGUCACCAUCUGCUAUGCUGGGAACACAUACUUCAGUUUUAUAGCUUGGAGAUCCAGGACCAUACAGUGAUUGGCCAUUUUGAGAAUUAAAAGGGAGGGAGAAAACACGAAGAAUCUCCUUGUAAAAACGAAAACAAAAAACCCGACAAACCGUAGGUAUGAUGUAUAUUUCCAGAGAAUUGUAUUUGACUAAUGUUUUUAUAUACCUAGUUAAAUUUGCUCGCGGCAGUUUGUUACAAUUAAACUGGAUACUUAUCUGCAGUUUGCUGUAGCUUGUAAUGAACUCUUCAAUAUCUUGCGGAUGUCUUCACAGACCUUAUUUUCUUAGACAAUGUAUAAAUAGAUAAAUUGCUAAUAUCAAGACUGUGUCAAGUUUAUCAACCUAACUUUUCAAAUGCCAGACUCUUUUCUGAUUAAAUGUUUCAAAAUCCCCGG